AUGAGUGGGCCCGCUGGGGAUCAUGUGGAUGACCGACCUCCGGGUGAUUCGCAGGAUGUCGUUGGUGGUGAGAGAUUGGAUUCGAUCGAGACACAGUUGUCCCAGCUCACGAACAUCAUUAAGUCGCUUGUUGGGCAACGAGGUGAUCAGGUGGAGUCCUCUGUUUCAUUUGCUGCUGCGCCGGGAAGCGGCGGAACAGAGUACGUACGCCGGUGUACAUCAAUCGGAUGUCACUGGCAGGACUGCGGGAGGUAUGGACAGUAGUGCCCAAGGCCUUGGCAUGUCCAGCGUGAGAGUUGGGAGUAGUAGUGUUGCAAACACGGGCUUGAACCCUCACGAUACUACUGUUAACCGUUCCUUUGCUGGUGUCACAAGCUUUGGUUCGAUUGGGAUGGCACGUAGGGCUGUUGGUAGUCAGCCUUUCAUUCCAGGAAUAGGUACUGGGGCUUUCAUUAGCCAGUCUUCUAUUCCACCCGCACCUACUGCUUCGAGUAGGUGGUGGGAAAAUGUCGCCAGUGGAACCACAUUGAUUCCUGGGGCCGGCAUCACAGAACCAGGAGAAAACUUGGGUAGGAGCCCUUUGAAAGUUCCCAAAGCUCCUGUGUUCGACGGAUCGGGCGUUGCAUAUCCGUCAUGGUCACAAAACUUUCUGCUGAGUGCCCGACACAGCAACUUGUUAGAAGCAUUUACUUCUGAAGUGAAAAUUCCGAUCGCAAGCAUUGAAUUCGCCUUGACCCCUUGGGUAGUCAAAGGAUACAGUGUAGGAGUGCUACGCCAGGCAGAGAUGGGAUGGUGGUUUUUGUUC